CGGCGACCCUUCCGCGAGCUCCGACGACGGCGAUCGUGCCGCCACCGGGCUUCACUCGGCGACGAGGACCACCGCGAGUAGCGACAGCCUCUCUCUCUCUCUCUCUCUCUCUUUCGUGUCUUGCUCACGUCUGCAGGCCGUGCGCGAGCUUCGACGCGUGGCUGGCUUGCUCUCUCGCGGGUUCGACUUCGAGCACUGUUAUAGAGGAGGGAGUGCAAAGUGCGUUGGAAGAGUAGAGGUGAAGGAGAGAGCAGGAGAGGCGGUGGAUGAGCGAAGUCGACGGUUGAGAGAGAUGAAGUUGAGAGUGGUCUGCAGGAAGCUGUACGACUACGUUCGCUACGACUUGAAGGAGAUCGCGUUCCCCUCCUCGCUGCCCGAUCCUCCUCACAUCAAAAAGCGUCGCAAGCUCACUUGGCACGACCGGUUUCUCGUGUUAAAGGAGGCGUCCAGGCUUUAUGCUGCGAGCUGGGUUCGUGAUAUUGGUCCUGAGCUCCGACCAAAUGAUUACAAGAAAGAUGAAGACAGUGAAGACAAGCCCAGAAGAGCCAAAAAAGUGGCUGAAGAGAAAGAACCUUCGACUUUAGAGGAUCUUGCUGUGGCUGCAAGAGGGGGAAUGGAAACAUUAAAGCCUGCUUUGCAGCGGGUGUACAUGAUGAGAGCUUCUGCAUAUAGGGAUGCUCUUAAAAGCUUUAUAGAAGGAUAUCAAGAAGGUGUCCAACAGGUUAUGGAAAAGAAAGGAGAUGCUACAUCUCAGAAGACGGGUGAUGCGCCUGAAAAGAUGAAUUGAUUGAUCUUGUGAGGUGUGUCCUUCCAAAGAUAAAGUUCUUUCCGAACACCCUUCUGACAAAUCACUUGUGUAUGUUUUCCUCAUGAUGGUGUUGACUAUAGCUUGCCCAUCCAGUUCAGAAAAUAUUACUCGGAAAUAAUCACUUACUAUAGGUGCCUGCACUUUUGUUGACCGUUAGCAAGGCCGAGUCUUUGAUGUACCAAGUCUUGCAUAUUUCUCUCUAGUGUAAUGCUUCUUCUUUCCAACAUAAAUCUAGAGGCAAUUGAAGUUUCUUCGAUUGACAGUGGUGAUGCUUUACUCCAUGAUUUCUUGGUUAAA